UCCCCUCUCGUCCCUUUCCUCCUUCCGGUCUCGCAUCAGAUGGCGACGAGCACAAGUAGCAGCAGUAACCAACCAUACAGACCUUACCGCCAUCUCAAAACCCUAACUGCUCACCAACGUGCCGUCUCCUGCGUCAAAUUCUCCAACGACGGCUCUCUUUUGGCUUCUGCUUCUCUCGACCGAACCCUAAUCAUCUGGUCUUCCCCCACGUUCUCUCUCCUACACCAUCUUACCGGGCACUCCGAUGGCAUCUCUGACCUCGCUUGGUCCUCUGACUCUCACUACAUUUGUUCUGCCUCCGACGACCGAACCCUCCGCAUCUGGGAUGCUGGCGCCUCUAGCGGUGAAUGCGUUAAAACCCUCCGUGGCCACUCCGACGUCGUUUUCUGCGUCAACUUUAAUCCCCAGUCUAAUUUCAUUGUCUCUGGUUCUUUUGAUGAAACGAUUCGGAUCUGGGAGGUUAAGACAGGCAAGUGUAUUCAUGUAAUCACUGGUCAUACUAUGCCUGUCACCUCUGUGCACUUCAACCGAGAUGGUUCCCUCAUCGUCUCCGGCAGCCACGACGGUUCCUGUAAGAUUUGGGAUGCUAGCUCUGGCACUCUCUUAAAGACCCUGAUCGACGAUAAGGUUCCUGGCGUCUCAUUCACCAAGUUCUCGCCCAAUGGCAAGUUUAUACUUGUUGCCACUCUUAAUGACACUCUGAAGCUAUGGAACUACUCAAUGGGGAAGUUCUUGAAAAUUUAUACAGGUCACGUGAACAGAGUAUAUUGCAUAACUUCAACAUUUUCUGUGACAAAUGGGAAAUAUAUAGUCAGUGGAUCAGAAGAUCGCUGCGUUUAUUUAUGGGAUCUCCAGUCGAAAAAUAUGGUUCAGAAACUUGAAGGCCACACAGAUACUGUAAUAUCUGUUACCUGUCACCCAUCAGAGAACAAAAUUGCUUCUGCUGGCCUUGACGGUGAUAGAACGGUGAGGAUUUGGGUACAAGACCCCUGAAUUGGAGCGAAAAUUGUACUACAACAACAACAAUAACCUUAGGGAGGAUAUAGAGCGAGCGAGACUGUAUAUGGAUUAAUUUGUCCGUCAUACGUCGUAAUUUUCUUCUUUCAAUUCUACGCUAUCUUAAUACAUUGAAUGAAAGCUUUUGUUCACGCAUGCAAAUUUUGAGGGAGUUUUCUUCUACCA